AUGCCAUACAUCAUUCCACAUGUCAAUGAUCUCAAUCGUCGUCCUCCCCGUAUGCUUAUAGGACAUCGCGUCCUGCCAGAGACCAAUCCUUUGAGACGGUUUGAGGAACACAAGAGGAUAGUCUGGGCCAGGGACUAUGCUUACAUGUGCCUGGUAGGGAUCAUACCUGCCAUAGAACCUAGCAGAGGUCGUCCUGACCGUCGCCUUCCGCCCGCUCCGCUGCCUCCGGAUUUACGUGCGCGGAGAAUCCCUAGAAAGCCGCUGCCGCUUGGACUUCCCGCUCCGCCAUCGCCGCCGGGCCCGUCACCGCCCGACCCAUCACCGCCGCCAAGACCCCCGAAGGACGUCCUCCGCCGCAACCCUUCCGCUGUCAGCCCCCUUGGCCGGCCAAAGAACCCCGUCGUCCCGGUGACCACGGAGCACUCGGACGCGACCUGGAAACGUGUGUUUGGACGCAUACCUCCUCGGGUUCUUGCUCCUAUCCCUGAGGAUAUCAACAAUAUCACAAUGGCUCCUCACACCACUACUGACGAAGAUCUCUGCCUUGUGCCUGAAGGCAGCGAGAACGCAGUCCCUACUGUUCGUGGAAUCAUUGAAGAGUACUAUGAGGAUAAGGAGUACCAGCAGACUAGUGCCCAAGAAAAGGAAACUCCUCUCAAGGAGAAGAGAACUCCUGUCUAUCUGUCCCCUGAGCAGGCUCAGUACACAGCAGAGGCCAUUCGCAGAUCGAACGUGAACUCCGUCAACAGCCCUAGUGUCGUUCGUCUUCCACCCAAGGCCAAGCAGGUCCUUGGCUCUCCUCAGCCGGUCAACAACAACAGUGAUUGGCAUCUCUCGCAGAGCGUCGAGCAGUCUCCUCUUCACUCCAAAGGCAAUUCGGUCAAUUCACUCAGACACAGCGCGUCAUUGAAAGUCGCCAGUCUGCUCACUCCCACCAAGACGAGAAAGCCAUCCACUUCAUCACUUGCGCACAACAAAAUCGUGAAGCACACCUCUUCGUCUUCUCGCCACACAACAACUUCGCGCAAAUACAGAAACACCAAGUCUUCUUCUUCUCCGCUCAAACACUCUUCUAUCCUCUCUUCUAUCAACAUGACCGCCCACACUUCACCCACAAAGCAGGCCGCUGGUGGCGCUGCUUCAGAUAAGAGCUUUACCAAUUCUCCCGUCUCUCCAAACAAGCCCGCUGCCUCGCCCAAGAAGGAGGGCUCCUCGCUCAAGCGUGCCAUGUCGACUCUGCUCACUCCCGGCCGCGCUCGCGAGGAAAUGCCUCCUCCUCCACCCAAGAAGGACACUCCUCCUCCUGCCAACGACAAGCCCGCUCACCUCAAGAUGUCCUCGAACAUCAUCGACGUCGGAAGACCCUCUGACGCCUACUCUGGCAAUGGUUUCGCCGCCGCUGUCGAGAGCACCGACGACGAGAACCAGUCUAUCAAAUCACGCGAGACUAUCACUGUCGCUUUCGGUGACGAGUGCAGCCCAGUCAAGGAAGUCAAGUCUGGUGUCGUCAAGAUGACCCACCAACCCUACUCUCCUUUCGUUGGCCAGAAGGCCACCUUCGAGGCCGACCCCAAGCUCGUCAAGGAGAUCGACGAAGAGUUCCAAUCUCCUCCUAUGGACAGUAACCUCUUCCACAGCCCCCAGAUUGGCCACAAGGUUUCUCCCAAGUCUGCUGAGAAGGCUAAGACCCCUCGCUACAUCGCUGGCGGUCUUCUCGAGGGUGGUUUGCUGCCUCCUACUACUUACCAGCCUCCUGUCGAGAUUGGAGAGCAGGGCAAGCCUAAGAAUGAGAUUUACUCUCCUUCGAUGUACAGUGUCACCAAUGGACACGAUGUCUUCCGCUCCGCCUCGACCCCAGUUGUGCCCUCCAACUCGCCCGCCAACGACGACAAGCAGGUCGACGGCGCUCUUCCCCAUGCUCGCAUCCCGGGCAUUCGUUACAUCAAGACUGUCCAGGACAAUGACUAUGUCUACCGUCCUGAAGACCACGUCUUCAACCGUUACCGUGGCGAGACCCCAGUCAUGACCCAUGACUUCGCUAUUGCUGGUGCUCAGCAGACCCAAACUCGUUCUGCCAACGGCCCUGCCACCGUCCAAACCCCCGACCACAAUGUCAAUGGCUACAACAGCAUGCCAUUUGAGUACCCCAGCGCUGUUCCUCCUCCUCUCCGUCGCACCUCCCGCGACAACUCGAGCCGCAGCUCGUCUGGUCGCUCUCUCCGCGACCGCUACAAGGAGACUGGAGGCUUGGGCAUUGAGCUCAGCGAGUCUGCCGACAGCUACUACACCCAUGACAACGGCACUACUAUGGGCAUUGAUGGCGACGACGAUUUCGAGAGACGCCGUCAGACCGUAAUCAUGAGAUCCCCUGACUUUUCCUCAAAGCAGGCUGGCUUCGAUGGCGCUGCCUCUCAGCUCCCCAUGUCUGACGAGAACAAGUACAAGUUCUUCAUUGACCAGUCUUACAAGGAGCUUGACAAUGCAAUGAGCAGCCGCCACGACGCCGGUAUGCACAUGAUGGAUGUUCUUGGCGACAAGAUUGACCGCACCCGCAACGCUACUGAUCACACCUUCACGGACAUCCGCAAGCUUCGUGAGAGCGUCGCUGCCAUUGCUACUGAGGACCGCAAGCUCCGUGAGAGUGUCGAUGUCAUCGCCGCCAACAACUACCUGCUCCGCGAAAACGUGGACGCAGUCGUCACUGACACUCGCAAGAUCCAUGACUCUGUCUCUGAUAUCCGUGGCUCUGUCGCCAAGAUCCGUGACUCUGUCACCGACAUGGGUGAGCACAUUCUCGACAACGAGAAGCUGGACCUUCUCGUCGACAAGAUCGUCGAACGUCUUCACCCUACCAUCGUCAGAGGCAUUGAAAAGAACGACUUCAACACUGAGCGCAUCCUCGCUCGCGUUGAGAAGUUCCACGAGCAGAUGUUCAAGGAGUUCGACUACCUCAAGUACAAGCAGGGCAAGACUGUCCGCGCCUCUCCCAGCUCUUCUGCUGGUCACUUCUCACCCAGCUCUCAGGGCUUCUUCUCCCCCAGCUCUACUGGUUUCUUCUCGCCUAGCUCCAAGGGUCACCGCAACCCUGGUCAGUACACCGAGGAGCCCUCUGAGCGCUAA